UCCGGGGUGGAAGGCUAUAUUUCUACUCUCUGGCUGAAGUCCUCUCUUAGUCUGACCCGUGUUACUCAUUGGCUACUGUCAGGCAGAGCUACCUGAGAUUUUGGUUUUCGAGGCCUGGGCUGCGAGUGUGAGAUAGGAGCAGAUCAAGGUGUUCUUUGUGGCGGCAUUGCCUUCCUCAGAGAUUCUUGCCCACUCUCUUUUGUUCUCAUUCCCCAGUUGCUGCAGCUGAUGGUUGGGCUUUUGAGAGCUAUGUAGAGCUUCGCCACACGCCUCAGCUCGGGGAAAGGAAUCAUCCAAUGCCGGAGCUGGAUGCCGAGCGCAACUGGAGUAUUUCGAGACGUGAGUGCGUAAACGUGCCAGGGCUUUUUGCUUUCGGAGAGAGAGGAGGGGUUUGGGAGAGGUUGUAUCGAGGCAGCAGAAAGGAUGGCGAGAGCUGGACUACAGCGGCCAAUGCAGCAGCUCGUCCUCUGUGCGCUUGUAGUUUUCAUUUUCAGCCGGAGGAGCUCGACGACAUUAGCUAUAUCCUUACCUGAUGAAGUGCGUGCUCUAGUGAACCUGAAGGCCGCAUUCGUGAAUGGUGAGCACGAGCUUAUUAAUUGGGAUAGCAACAGUCAAUCUCCUUGUGGGUGGAUGGGUGUGACCUGCAACAACGUCACUUUUGAGGUCACUGCAUUGAAUUUGUCAGACCACGCUCUAGCAGGAGAAAUCUCUCCGUCAAUAGGACUGUUGCGCAGCCUGCAAGUUUUGGAUCUCAGUCAAAACAAUAUUUCUGGACAACUCCCAAUUGAGAUAUGCAACUGCACGAGCCUGACAUGGAUAGAUUUGUCGGGGAAUAACCUUGAUGGCGAGAUCCCUUAUCUCCUGUCUCAGUUGCAGCUGCUUGAAUUCUUGAAUUUGCGGAAUAACAAGCUUUCGGGGCCUAUUCCAUCUUCCUUUGCAAGCCUUUCGAACCUGCGACACUUGGAUAUGCAGAUAAACAACUUGUCUGGUCCCAUACCUCCCUUACUCUACUGGAGUGAAACGUUGCAAUAUUUAAUGUUGAAGUCAAACCAGCUAACAGGAGGAUUAUCUGAUGAUAUGUGCAAAUUAACCCAGCUUGCCUAUUUCAAUGUUCGAGAAAACAGGCUUUCAGGGCCUCUACCAGCUGGCAUUGGAAAUUGCACAUCCUUUCAGAUCUUGGACUUGAGCUAUAAUAAUUUCUCCGGAGAGAUUCCAUACAACAUUGGCUACUUGCAAGUCAGCACCUUGUCAUUGGAAGCGAACAUGCUUUCUGGCGGAAUUCCUGACGUUCUAGGGCUCAUGCAAGCUCUUGUGAUUCUUGAUCUGAGCAACAACCAGCUUGAAGGCGAAAUUCCCCCAAUACUUGGAAAUCUAACCUCUCUUACGAAGCUAUAUCUUUACAAUAACAAUAUCACAGGUUCCAUUCCGAUGGAAUUCGGAAAUAUGUCACGACUGAACUACCUAGAGCUAAGUGGUAAUAGUUUGUCGGGACAAAUUCCUUCCGAAUUAAGCUACCUCACAGGCCUAUUCGAACUGGACUUGUCUGAUAAUCAGCUUUCUGGUUCUAUUCCCGAAAACAUCAGCUCAUUGACUGCACUCAACAUUCUCAAUGUGCACGGCAACCAGCUUACCGGAAGUAUUCCUCCAGGACUUCAACAGCUAACCAAUCUCACCCUACUGAAUUUGUCAUCCAAUCACUUCACCGGAAUUGUGCCAGAGGAGAUUGGAAUGAUUGUGAACCUUGACAUCCUGGAUUUGUCACAUAACAAUCUAACUGGGCAAUUGCCAGCCUCAAUCUCGACGCUUGAGCAUCUGCUCACAAUAGAUCUACACGGCAACAAACUGAAUGGUACUAUUCCAAUGACGUUCGGCAACUUAAAGAGCCUGAACUUUCUCGACUUAUCGCAUAACCAUAUUCAAGGGUCUCUCCCCCCUGAGCUGGGUCAACUUUUAGAGCUCCUACACUUGGAUUUGAGUUACAACAAUCUCUCAGGUUCCAUUCCAGUGCCACUGAAAGAAUGCUUCGGUUUGAAGUACUUGAAUCUGUCCUAUAAUCAUCUCUCGGGAACUAUUCCUCAAGACGAGCUCUUCUCAAGGUUUCCUUCCAGCAGCUACGCUGGGAACCCCCUGCUUUGCACAAAUAGUAGUGCCUCAUGUGGGCUCAUUCCUCUGCAGCCCAUGAACAUUGAAUCUCACCCUCCAGGCACACUUGGGGUAUCAGCUACAUGGGGAAUCACAAUUUCAGCACUUUGCUUGCUUGUCCUCCUCACUGUCGUGGCUAUUCGAUAUGCCCAACCGCGCAUUUUUAUAAAAACAUCCAGCAAAACAUCUCAAGGUCCACCGAGUUUUGUGAUACUUAACCUAGGCAUGGCGCCGCAAUCUUACGAUGAGAUGAUGCGUCUCACAGAGAAUCUUAGUGAAAAGUAUGUGAUCGGACGGGGAGGAUCAAGCACAGUAUACAGGUGUUACCUGAAAAACGGCCACCCCAUUGCAAUCAAGAGGCUGUACAACCAAUUUGCACAAAACGUCCAUGAAUUUGAGACGGAGUUAAAGACGUUGGGCACCAUCAAACAUCGAAAUCUUGUCACUCUGCGGGGCUACUCCAUGUCCUCCAUCGGCAACUUUCUUUUCUAUGAUUACAUGGAAAAUGGGAGCUUGCAUGAUCAUCUUCACGGUCAUGUGUCGAAGACAGAGCUCGACUGGAACACAAGGCUCAGAAUUGCAACCGGAGCAGCUCAGGGGCUUGCGUACCUUCACAGGGAUUGUAAGCCGCAAGUGGUGCACCGUGACGUAAAAUCAUGCAACAUUCUUCUAGAUGCAGAUAUGGAGGCACAUGUUGCGGAUUUUGGCAUCGCGAAAAACAUACAGGCAGCGAGAACGCACACUUCUACUCACAUUCUGGGCACCAUUGGGUACAUUGAUCCCGAGUACGCACAAACGUCUCGCUUGAACGUGAAGUCGGAUGUUUACAGCUUUGGUAUCGUUCUCCUGGAGCUUCUCACGAACAAAAUGGCUGUAGACGAUGAAGUCAACCUCCUCGAUUGGGUCAUGUCGAAACUAGAAGGCAAGACGAUACAGGAUGUGAUCCAUCCACACGUUCGAGCUACAUGCCAAGAUCUGGACGCGCUGGAGAAGACUCUAAAGCUAGCCCUUCUGUGUUCGAAGCUGAACCCAUCUCAUCGCCCGUCAAUGUAUGACGUAUCGCAGGUUCUGCUGUCUCUUCUUCCAAUGCAAUCUGAAACAGACGACCCCAUGUCGAAGUCCUCUCUCCCUGCAAAUCAGCGGCGGUACAUUGACAUGUACAGCACCAAGCACACCGAAGCUAUUUCUCUCAGUAACAGCUCAUCUGGCGAUACGCUCCUUUACCAAUUCAAGGAGGUCAUAUCCGGAAAAUUGUGAAAAACUGACAGGAGGUUGGGUAUUGGUCUGAGAUGUUUAAAGACGCAAUCGGCACCACCCUGCCUUGAUCUGCUGCUGCAGGCUGACGUUCAAUCAAGAGGUGGGCACCCCUCUGGCUGCAUGUAUUCAGAAAAAAAAAACAGUUUAAUUUGAAGACAGUCCAGUGGGUUCGUCGCAACAAAACUUCCAGACUUUCGAAACCAGAAGCGCAUAUCAAUCACUAUGCCAAUUCCCCCAGGAGGAGCACAUCAUGGAAGUUUCAAUUUCAUCCGGCAGCAAUGAGCUACUAACUUGAAUCCAAGCUAUCAAAGAACUCAAUCCUGACUCAAGAACACUUACAACAACGGUGUGACUUGCGGUGUCACUCGGGACACGUUUUGUCGGUAAAAAUUUUGACACACGAAGGGCAGAUGCGAGGAGGAAGCGAAGGAGAUAGAAAACGAGACAGACAUGUACAGAAAGAUCAUCACUCAGUUAAGUCAAGUCAGUCAAGUCAAGUCAAGAGUAGAGAUGUAGAUCUUCACAAUGGAUUGGAAUCGGAGCCGGCCACAGACCUUGACAAACAAAAUAUAUCAUGUUUCUAUUGUGCUUCUUCAGAAACAAAAAAAGAAGUAACUGCUGUAAUUAUACACACACCAGCUUCCUUCCUUCUCUCUGUCAACUCUCCAUUUGCCCUUGAUUUAGGGUUUCGUUAUGGACCCAGGUUUAGGGUUUAGCCAAGUGGAAAAUUGGUGAAGUUGAGAGCAGUCUUGUGUUUUGUCAUUGUGUGCCUGGUUUGUGGGCACAAUGCCAAUCGAUUUUCAAUGAUUUUUUUGUCUUCUCA